CGCUGGUUAUGGCAAUCAUGGAGCUGUCAGAGGCGGAGUGGGCUCUUCACGAAAAGCUUUCGCAAGGAAGCCUCUUUGCUUUGUCGGAGAAGAGGAAGUAUGUCUCAUCCCUGCGCAGCAUCUUUUUUCGCGCGGAUGGGUUUCUCUACUUCCUAGAUGGGGAGGAAUGUUAUUCCGAUUGUAGGCAGCAACCGACCGAG